AUGGUCGAAGGAAAAAACAGUGGCGAUGAAUCAAGCCAGCAGCCCAUGAGAUUACGCAUGGAAAGCUUCAUUAGGAAGAAGCAAAAGGAUAUUAUAUCAGCUCUUGAGCAGGUUGAUGGGAAUGCAUUCCGCACGGACGAGUGGGAACGACCCAACAACGGUGGAGGUGGCCGAACAUGUGUCUUGCAAGACGGCAACGUCUUUGAGAAGGCGGGAGUCAACAUUAGCAUCGUUCACGGGAAGCUGAACCGCGCCGCUAUUGAGGAGAUGCGGCAAAAUCACGCGAAUCUUGCUACGAACGCAUCUGAGUUGAACUUCUGCGCAUUGGGGCUGAGCAUGGUCGUCCACCCGAAAAAUCCAAUGGCACCAACUGUUCAUAUGAACGGCCGGUAUUUCGAAACUGUUCAGGUCGAUGGUUCUUUGCAGACCGCAUGGUUUGGAGGUGGAAGUGAUCUGACGCCAAGCUACCUCUUCGAAGAAGACGCUGAACAUUUCCACAAAACACUCAAGGCUGCAUGCGACGAUCAUGAUGCAGGGUAUUAUCCCAAGUUCAAGAAGUGGUGCGACGAAUAUUUCAACAUCAAACAUCGAGCCGAGAGCAGAGGUAUCGGCGGCAUCUUCUUUGACGACCUCGACGAAAGCUUUGGUGAUCCCGAACGUGUUUUCGCCUUCGUUCAGUCAACAAUUAAUGCUUUUGUUCCGGCUUACAUACCUAUCGUCGAAAAGCGUAAGAAUAUGUCAUUUAAUGAGAAGGAAAAGGAGUGGCAACAAGUCCGGAGGGGACGAUAUGUUGAGUUCAACCUUGUUCAUGAUCGCGGAACUGCAUUUGGAUUGAAUGUACCCGGUUCGAGGGUUGAGAGCAUUCUGAUCAGUUUACCGAUGACAGCUCAGUGGAGAUAUAUGCAUGCUGAGCCUGAAGCUGAGAGUCAAGAAGGAAAGCUCUUGGCAGUGCUGAGAAAUCCCAGAGAAUGGGUAUAG